AGAAACCUUGGCUCAACCGCGAGAAAAGCCUCGCCGGUGGCGGUCUUCCGCGGGGCCCGGCGGCUCGCCAUGAAGCAGCUGUCGCGCUUCCGCGGUGAAUCCCCCAGCACCCCCAAAGGGGAUGGCAUGACGCUGGAGCAACUCCACCGGGACUUGGUGGACGAGAUGCAGCUGCAGCUGAAGACCCUCCGCGCUGAGCUGGUGGAGGAGUUGGUCGAUCGCCUUUGCAGGCGGAAGGAGCGGCCUCCGCCGAAGCCGAAAGGAGUGAAGGAGAUGGAUGGCAAGGAAGACUCGCAACGCUCGGAGGGCGGUCGUGGGCUUUCCUCACUGGAACGGAUCCGUCCGCCUUCCAAGCCAGCAGUGCAGCUUCUGGCUGAAGCGGCACAAGCGGCGCAAGCGGCACAAGCAGGAGGACCCGAGAUGGACGCGAGGAGAUGCUUAUUGACGGAAGUGGAUGAACAAUCCGUCAUCGACACCGCAGGUAGCGGCCUUUUCCCAGAUUGUCGCUCCGAGUCGGGGCGGGAGAUCCUGUCUCUGGCACUAGAGGCGGAGACCUGUAGAGGCAGAAUGAUCGAAUGGCUGAACAGCAACGCCUUCAACUACAUAGUGUCAUUGCUGGUUUUCUUGAACGCCAUAGUGAUCGGGGCGCAGACCAAUUACUCUGCGCAGCAUGGUGGAGCAAGCUCCAUGCCGUUGGCGGAUCCCAUCAAUCAUGCAUUUUGCUUGAUUUUCACCGCGGAGGUUUGUGCCAAGUUGUACGCAUAUGGCUGCAUACACUUCUUUUGGCAAGAUGGGGACUGGAAGUGGAACUGCUUCGACACGGUGGUCGUGCUGCUGCAAUGGGCAGAUUAUGCGGCUGAGCAAAUGCCGAACCACAUCCUUCAGGGCGGCAACUUAGGAAUGUGCCUGCGAAUGCUGCGCCUGGCGCGGAUCAUGCGCCUGGCGCGCGUGAUCCAUUUGAUGGUCGAGCUGCGCUCAAUGGUUGCAUCGAUUGUUGCAUGCCUCCGUCCCCUGAUUUGGGCAUCGGUGCUCUUUGGCAUGCUGGUCUAUGGCGUCGCGGUGACGCUCACCGAGAGCGCGAAUCACUUCCGGGCCGACCACUCGGGGGAGCCCGUGGCGGCGCUGGACCUCUACUUCUGCAGUCUCGGCACAGCCGCGAUCACCCUUUGGAUGUGCAUCACCGGUGGCAUCGACUGGAAGAACGUGGCAGAUCCGCUGAUCAACGAUGUGUCCCCGUUGAUGGGAGCCUUCAUCACCGCCUACGUGGCCUUCUCAGUGCUGGCGAUGAUGAAUGUCAUCACAGGUAUCUUCGUGGAGAAUGCUGCGGCAUUCUCGCGAGAGGAUAAGGACAACUAUGUCGUGAGCCAUGUCCUAAACCUCUUCACCAAGAGCGCUCUGAAUGAGAAGGAUGAGCUCACCUUGGAGGAGUUCCAGCGCAUGUUGGAGACCCGGGAGCUGAGAGAGCUCUUCCAGGCGGUGGACGUGGACGUCAAUGAUGCGGAGAGUCUUUUCAGGCUGCUGGACGUUGACGAGACGGGCACGCUCUCCCCCUCGGAGCUCUUGGAUGGCUGGAUUCGCCUUAGAGGUCCGUCGAAGGCCUUGGACUUAGCGGUGCUGAUGUCCGACAGUGCGCGAAUGGAUGCCAAGCUGGACUGGCUAUGCGAAGUCAUGAAUAAGCACGAGGAGGCCCUGGACGUGGCCACGGCGAAACCCCGCCGGACGUCCUUCAAGCGACAGCGCGCCACCUCCAUCGCCUUGCGCUUGAAGGAGAAGAUCCAGCAGACGCGGAGCCAAGGAUCCAGUCGCUCCUCCUCCUUGACCUAUGGCCUACGAGAGCUGCCAAAGUCGUUGCCUCUCUGAGACCACGAAUCCAUCGAUGCGUCGAAUCCACUUUUCACCCCGGAGAAAUCAGGUGGCAACGAACUCCAAUCCGUGA